CUCGUGGGUUAAAUUUAUGGUCAAAGUUGAACCUCGAAAAGCGUGGGCGCGCUAUAUUUUGGAACGGAGGGAGUAGAAAAGAUACCAGGUAUUCCUUACACUUGAAAUCUUGAAGUGGUUAAUUGAUACUAUUGACCAAAUGCGCAUUGUUAGACAUUUAGUUCCAUCUUGUAGCUAUGUAGAAAAGAUACCAGAUAUUGCUUACAAUUGAAAUCUUGAAGCAGUUGCUUAAGCUGACCAAAUAUGCAUUUGUACUUAAUAUAUAAGCACAUAAAUACUCAGUACUGGCUCCAAUUACAAUUGGAUUUUGGUUCUUACCAAAUCACUUAUUUUUGUAAAUGACGAUCCACAUGGCAGGUCCAGAAGAUACUUGAUAAGCUCAGAAAUUAGAAGUCUCCAGGAGUAUGAGACAUUUAGAGAUUGGUGAGAAGAUGGAUGAAGCCUGAGCUCGAGGGCCAACAUUGUUAGCACAGAUGUUUUGAGCAAACAACUAAAAGAAGGGUAUACUAUGCUUGACACACAUGAUUCCAUGGCCUGAUAGAUGCCUAAGGUUGUAACUAAGUAAUUGGAACUAGCUGUAUGAGUCAUGCUUAAGGUAUGCUUGACACACAUGAUUUCAUGGCCUGAUAGACUUGGGCUUCCACUAUGGCACACAAGUGGAGAUGACUGCCUUUUGACCAUGAUCUUGAGAGUUAUGAACCUUUAUGACACUAAUGGUUCUCAAGUUCGGCAAGAGUUUGUACAAAAGAUAGGGAAAGUGUUUGACGCUAUACUGGAAAAGACGGGCAAAUUAAGGAAAGAAACCAAGGGAGAUAUUUAUAUAGCUAAGGCCAUUGCAAUCGUUUUGGAGAGAAAUCCACACUUAGGCAAAAGGUCUAGAUAUACGCCUUGGUCACAGUUAUUUCAGGGAAAGCAGCAGUUCUGUUGCAAUAGUUGUUCUAAGGCUGUACAUGAUGAUAUGUACUGGAGAUUGCAGGCCGUGACGGUGAUUUGGGAGAUUUUGCAUGAACACAAUUGCCGCAUUUUUCACAAUUUGGAGUUGUCGGCUACUAUGCUUGCAUGCCUUGCUGUUGACAAGCCAAUGUUGGAAGGAGGCCGACGAACCACACAUCAUUUUGUGAUAAUAAUCUAGCUUAGUGGUUCCCGGCUAUUCUAUCUGAUUUCCCUGUGUUUGUACAGUAUUCACUCGUAUCAAUGAAAUCAAUAGCUCUGUUAGGCUUAAGAAAAAGCUGUCUUGGAGCUCAGUUCAGCCCUUGUGAGAUAUUUGCACUGUAUGAACAAACUGUUGUGUGGAUGGAUUUUCUAUUUGUGUCA